UAAAGUGAAGCUGGGGGACGAACUAGUUCAGUCAGAGAUCGUGAUUGGUAUAGGAGGAGUCAUGAUGGACUAUUAUUUAAUUAUUUGCCUGUCAGUCUUAAUUGCGCCCUGUGUGGUGGCAUACGACUGCGAGGCAGAGCAAGGGAGAGAAGUGAACCUAGAAGAUGACUCCUGCGAGAGUUAUUGGACUUGCAAGGACUACGACGCUGUCCUGUCCCACUGUGAAGACGACAUGCAGUUCGACUUUGCCUGGCGCGUGUGUCGCCCAAACAGAGAAGUGUGGUGUCAGUGGCAGGUCCAUACCGUCCAGAGGAGGGGCGGGCUCAAGGGGACACCGUUUGACCUCUCGGCUGUGCAGGCAUAUAGUGUCAGGAAGCCUUGGCUAAGAGAGAUGUUUCAUGGUCAGUACCGGCCACUGCUGACCUACAAUGGUCAGAGGCCGACGAAAAGCUACACCCACACUCACGAUGGCAGCACACACACGCAUCUCCUGGACAGUCGGGGGCAGUACAUCGACACCACUGACCACUUCCACGAAUCUCGCGGCUCCCCGAGCAUCGUCCGUGAGCGACGAGAGGCUAAUUACGAAAACUUAGUUACAGGCGCGGACGUGGAUGCCUUCGCCUCGCAGAAGAGAGUGCGGAAGUUUCACAAGAGGAUUGGCGGCGAGGGCAAAGUCUUCAAUAAGAGAAGCCAGGAGCUAGGGAUGGACUACGACGUCAACAUCCUCAAACCCAACAAGGAGAACGGACAUGAAGAAGAGGGCAUGUCUAAAAAUGGAAACGGCGAAGAUGCAAAGAGGUACUUGCCGGAAACCAGCGACGAGGACUCGGGAAAAGACGGCUAUUUACCGAAAGACAACGAAUAUAACGAGUACGAUGGCGAUGACGCUGUUUGUCUCGGAGGCGUUGGUAGAGAGCCUGACCUGGAGGACUCUGAAUGCAAACUGUUCUGGGAGUGCACCAAAGAGUCAGUCAGCUACCUGGAGUGUGAUGACGGUUACCUGUACGACUUCGAGAAGAAAGACUGCUUGCCCUACAGUGACGUCAAGUGUAAGGAGCAGCUCAGUAAAGCCAAGCAGACGAACUCCAGGGAGACUACAGUUGAAGUGAAGAAAGACAAAGACAUGACAGUUGUCCACCAUUAUUACCAUGGAGGUGCUAAACCCAUGCCAGGUAAACUGCCUGAUGAACUGUUCAAGUUAGAUGAAGAAGAUGAUCUUGACCUGGCCGGAGAACGAACCAUGCUACCCUUGCCCCCAAAAACAGACUUCGCUCAGCUGACGAACGACGACCUCUCUAAUUCCUCAGAGGACGCCAUCAUCAAAAGAAUUCAAAGAGCCCCAAGGCCCACGACGCUCCUUGGCCGUCAGAAUAUUAUAAUCACGGCGCUCUCCCCAGCAGACACGUGAUCACGUCUGCAGACACGUGAUUUUUUCGCGACAACAAACUUAAAGACCUAUAACUAAAACAUUGACUGAAAGUAUUCACCAUAACUGGGAAACUCGGAUCUCGGAAAG